UUGAGGAAAUUCAUUUGAAGAGCAUAAAAGCUUCUUCCUAGUUUUCGUUUCAUUAACCGAGUUAGGAAAUUGAUAGAAAAAGUUCACAAUGAUCGCAAAGAUAAGUGUAUUUUGCGCUGCACUUGCAGCAGUCAAUGCCGCCGCCAUUCUUUCUGCUCCUAUCAUCAGCACGGGCAUCAGCAGCAGCUCAAGACAACAAGAUGCUGUUGGAAAUUAUGCCUUUGGUUAUGACAUUGCCAAUGGUUUGGGUGCCACCAACUCUCGGGCUGAAAUGGGAGAUGCUCUUGGAAACAAGAAGGGAGCCUAUACCAUAACUGAUAUCGAUGGCCGAGCUCGCAGAGUGGAUUACGUCGCAGACGCCUUAGGCUUCAGAGCUUCCGUCAAGACAAAUGAACCUGGUACCGCUCUUAGUGCUCCUGCUGCUGCCAUGAUAGCAAGUCCCUAUGCUCCACCCGUUGCUCCCGUCGCUCCUGCAGUAGCUGCUGCUCCGGUCUUAACUGCACCAGCCCUAACAGCUGCAACUCCUGUUGCUGCUUACAGCAGCGUCAUUGGACAUAAUACUGCUAUUGGAAUUCCCACUGGACUUGGACUUUGGGGAAGUGGAAUUGGAAAAACCAUCUUGUUAUAAAUUGAAGCUUCAAAAGUCUCUUUGUACCCUCGAAGAUUGAUCUUGCUAUUAUCUGCAAAAAAUGUAAAAUGGAAUUGUUUAUAUCAUCCUGCAAAAACGUUUUUUGAUAUAUUAAAACAAUUUUC